CCCGCUGCCCCGCACGGGCAGGACGCACCGAAUCGGACUUGCUUCUGGAGACCUCCUAGCGCCUUCUCGCGGGUCGGCCGGCUAGAUAAUCAUCGCCCUGACGGACUGCACACGUCUUGCUUGCACGUCUAAGCAGAAACGCGAGGGCCAGAUUCUUGUACUAGUUGCUGAAAAUGGGCCCAAUAGAUGCAGAGGCUGAUGAGAACCAGACAAUGGAAGAAAUGAAGGUGGAGCAGUAUGGUCCCGGGCAAACCACUCCUAGAGGUGAGCUGGCCUCUGACCCUAAGCCAGAGCUCAUAGACAGCACCAAGAUGAUCGAGGUACAGAUUGUCCUUAUCUUGGCCUAUUGCUCCAUCAUCUUGCUUGGGGUGAUUGGCAACUCCUUGGUGAUCCAUGUGGUGAUCAAAUUCAAGAGCAUGCACACAGUAACCAACUUUUUCAUUGCCAAUCUGGCUGUGGCGGAUCUUCUGGUGAACACACUGUGCUUGCCAUUCACUCUUACCUACACCUUAAUGGGGGAGUGGAAAAUGGGUCCUGUCCUAUGCCACCUGGUACCCUAUGCCCAGGGCCUGGCAGUACAAGUGUCCACAAUCACCUUGAUGGUAAUUGCCCUGAAUCGGCAUCGUUGCAUCGUCUAUCACCUGGAGAGCAAGAUCUCCAAGCGAAUCAGCUUCCUGAUUAUUGGCUUGGCCUGGGGCAUCAGCGCCCUGCUGGCAAGCCCCCUGGCCAUCUUCCGUGAGUAUUCACUGAUUGAGAUUAUUCCUGACUUUGCCAUUGUGGCCUGCACCGAGAAGUGGCCUGGUGAGAAGAGCAUGUACGGCACUGUCUACAGUCUCUCCUCAUUGUUGAUCCUGUAUGUGCUGCCUCUGGGCAUCAUAUCUUUUUCCUACACUCGUAUCUGGAGUAAACUUAAGAACCAUGUCAGCCCUGGAGCUGCUAAUGACCACUACCAUCAGCGAAGGCAAAAGACCACCAAAAUGCUGGUGUGCGUGGUGGUGGUGUUUGCGGUCAGCUGGUUGCCCCUUCAUGCCUUCCAACUUGCUGUGGACAUUGACAACCAAGUCCUGAACCUGAGGGAGUACAAGCUCGUCUUCACCGUGCUCCACAUCAUCGCCAUGUGCUCCACCUUCGCCAACCCCUUUCUCUACGGCUGGAUGAACAGCAACUACCGAAAGGCUUUCCUCUCUGCCUUCCGCUGUGAGCCGAGGUUGGACACCGUUCACUCUGAAGUGUUAGUGUCAUUCAAGGCUAAAAAAAGCGUGCAAGUUAAAAGGAACCAUGGCCCCAAUGGCUCUUUCACAGAGGCUACCAACGUCUAAGGAAGCUCUGGUGUGAAAAUACAUGGAUGAGUUCUCACCAGAGCUAUGAAUCUGGCUGGGGAGGGCUCCCAGAAGCAUCCUGGUUUCCCAUCAGGAUGGGGAAAGAGCAUCAGAAUGGAAGACCUGUGGGUCACUCAUGGAAGCCUUACUGGCAGAGCGGAGGUCAAAACACACCCAUUCGGAGGUCAGGCAGCAAAACAGUCCUCGUACAGUUGCUUGGCUGGUAGGUUGAAUUACCAGUAAAAGCAGAGAGAAAUGCUUGUGAUUGUUUCCCAGAGUGAAGGAAACAUGAACAGGGAACUGGCGUUAUCCGCGUCACUAAAAGGUGGUGGCUAAAUAAGUUGCCUUUCAAAUCCCAUUGGGGAGUAGAUUGGGGAUGAUGUAUAAUUAACUGCUCUGGAUCUGAUGAAAAGAUGAUCACACACCAAUUUCCCUAGGGAGCCACAGGCUCCCCUUUAUUGUAUCUUGCUUUUUUAUGAAUUUUCCUAUAGAUUAAGUCCACCAGGAAAUGCUGCAAUUAAAUGUUACAACCUGUUUGCAUGACUUCAA